AUGUCGGCACGCGACGCGAUGGCGGCGAUGCUCGAUGAGCUCAUGGGGCCUAAACGUAAUAUAGAACUCGGUAAAGACACGAAAGUCUCUUUCGAUGUACGUUUUAAUGUCCAUCUUUAAAUUUUGUUAUUGUUGAUUUUUUAAGGACCCCAAGAUUUGCCCAUAUUACAUUGUCGGCUUUUGUCCCCACGACAUGUUCACCAACACGAAAGCAGAUAUUGGUUUGAAGUUUUCAUAAUUGAGCUCCAACGAAGUUUUGUUUUUAGGAGCUUGUAUUAAUGUUCAUGAUGAUAAUUUGCGGCGAAUGUAUACUACCAGCUCGGAGCGCGGGAAAUUGGGCUUUGAGAGGCGUCUUUUGCGAUUCUUGAUCGAGCUGGAAGACGACAAUCAGCGGCGAAUUCGAAAGAAUAAAGACAAGUUGAAAGGAAUUGAUGAUCAGGGACAGGUUGGAUUUAUUUUCAAUACUCUAGUCUGAUAUUAUUACUUCGUUUCACUUUGACACAGUUAUAUGGUGCUUAAAUAAAUUUUGACUCGAUUUCAGAAGAAGUUCGACGAGGAGAAGCAGAAACUGCAAACGGACAUUGACGCAUUGGAAGUUGAGUAUAAAGCAGCUAUGAAAGAAGCUGAGAAGGUUGAUUUUGAUCCAAUUCAUCAUAGAAGGAUAUUUUUCCAGGCGGGAAGCGCUGGUUUGGUUGAAAAAUGUCAGGAAAUCGUUGACAGAGCUGAGGUCAUUGAAAGACAGAAAAAUGAAUUGAGGAUUGUGAGUUUCGAAAUCUUUGUAUUGUAGUGAAGUUAAGCUUUCUUUUAGAGACUUGAACAAAUUGGGCAUCCGACGGCUAUGGCACCGAUUUUGGAAGAAUUGAAUGUGAAACCGAUGGAGGUUGGUUUAAUUUCAAAUAUUCACCGUCGCAGUGUUUUUAGUGAUAAAUCAGUCCGAAGUCUUCAGAAAUAAAAGAAAAACGAAUAAUUCAGGUGUGCGAAACCUGCGGAAGUAUGCUGAUCAUCAACGACGCGGCGCAGAGAGUCGAGGAACAUUUGACCGGAAAAAUGCACACUGGAUUCCAGAAAAUCCGCACAUCAAUUGAGGAGCUCAAGGUUGGUUUGAAAUUGCAAUUUCGUAACGCAAAAAAUAUAUAUUCCUCCUCAAACGAUGCUGCGCAAGGUUUCCUUUUUCUCUCUUCUUACCGAAAUAGAAAAUUCGCCUCGAAAUUCAAAACGCGAUUUAGUGCGUAAGCCCCAUCGGUACGGCUGAUCAUUCUGCCACGCCGCUACCUCUUGUUUUAGAAGGUUUCCAUUGUCUUUUUCCGUUGUCAAAUUUUCUUUGUUAGUUAUUUUUGGUUGGGAAUCGAGGUGACCCACAGGCGAGACAACCCCAAAACUGUGCAGGUAUUCCUUGCUCGAAAUUCUUGGCUUCGAAUUUAUUACUUUUUUUUUCUGGUUAGAAAUCGCCUUGACCUUUGAAUUAGGUUGGUUUUUAUUGUCAUUGGGGCGCCUUUGUGACGACUUCUUCCCGCUCUGUGCAAUUUUGCUCCUCGGCCACGGCUGCAGGUAUUCCGAAGUGAUAAGUAGCUGAAGAGGCUCCUUUAGAAGUUGAAUAGAUGAAAACGUUCUUCGAGACCUUUAUAAGUCCUUUUAAGGACAUUUUUUGUUUUUCACGGCGGCUGUUCCAGUUCUUCUAAUGCGCUUUUUACUAACGCGAAUCGUCUCUUUUUGACUAAGAAACAUUUCAAUGAACAAAGUAUUAGGGGGAAGUAUUCCUUAACCUUCACUUCUAACUUUUAGCUAAACUUGAAAUAGACUUGCAUCAUGAGAACUUUUUUUGCCAUUGAUCAAAAUCAGAAAGGCAGUUUUUGUACGUAUUGAAGAGAUAAUUGAUUGGAUAUGAUAGUUUUUUUCUUUUUAAAAGUUUUUAAUUGUUUUUUCAACUUUCUACGGUUCGUUCUGCUCAAGCUCGGCGUUGUUGAGACACCGGAAAAAGGUUUGGAAUUGUGCGAUUUUUCAGGAAGUUGUGAAGAAAAAUGACGAGGAGGACGACAAACGGCGCGAGAGUCGCGAGGGCCACAGGUCGGCGAGAAACGAAUGCCUAAUCGAAUUUGGUUGUUUUCUUGUUGCAGGUCGAGUCAUCGUGACCGUGGCGACAGGAAAAGGUCGGCGUCGAAGGAAAAAGAACGCAGUCACAAAAGGUUCGUAUUGUAUCGAAAUUCAUUUUACAAACGUAAGGUUCAGUUUUUUUUCACGUAAAUGACGUGAGAUUAUUUAUGUUGUGCGAAUUAUUUUACGAUUUCCAAAUUCGCGUGUUAAUUGGUUAGAAUGAUAACGCGAGAUACGCAAAAUUUAUUUUUGAAGCAAUAUUGGGUCCUGGAACAAAGGAGAUUGCAGAAAAUGAUAAAAUGAAAAAAAUUCUAAUCUCAAAUCACGACUUUCUUGUUCCUGAUUAAGGAACGUUUUUUCGAGCUUUUGAAGUGUCUUGAAAACGAGAUCUAUAGUGAGACAUUUUUUCUCGUUGUGCUAUCAGGAAUUCUUUAAGUACACACCGAAGUUUCAUCAAAAUUUCAACCGCGCGCAAAAAACAACCCUAGUAAGAAAGUUAUCAUUGGAUUUUUUUCAUUUUCUAUUAAAAAAAGUCAUAUUUUAUCUAUGCGAGGUUUUUUUUUCUUCAAUAGAGUGAGCUCUCUCAGAUCGCGUUCUCGUGAUCGUGGAAGUGAUCGUGGACGACACGGCUCUUCGCGACGCGAAUCCAGGGACGACGAUCGCAAAGACCGACGCGACCGCGACCGCGACAGACGCGAUCGCCACGACCGCCAUGAUCGCCACGAUCGCGGCGACAGACAUCGCGACAGUCGCCGUUAA